AUGUUCAACCGCCCACACCCAACGAAGAUGCAGUACAUGUCUCUACGACCCAUUCCGCUGGCCCUGGGCGACAAGCACACCACCUUUGACAAGGGCGGCGGCGGCGGCGGCGGCGAGACUACGCUGGAUGAAGUCGAAGUGGCUGAGAGAGAGGCGCGGGCGCAGACAUCGCGACUGAUAGCCAAACGGCGCCUGGUGACGGUAGUCAAGCAUGUGCCGUCGUCCAAGGAGCAAGCGCUUCCGGUGCUAAUCAACCAAAUCAACUGCUCGUUUGAGAUGGACAGGCUGCUCCAGAGCAACAUCGGGCUGAUCGGGACACGGCCCAAGCGGGCGCUGAGCGUGAGCCAGCGGGUAGUCGAGUCCGCGACGACGGCUUGGGGCGUGGUGCUCUGGGGCAUCACGUAUGUGGUGAUGGUGUGGAUAUACCCGAUCAUCACAAAGGGGUUCAUAGCCUGCCUGAUCGGCCACCGGGUGAUUGCAGAGGUGGUGCUGAGGAUCCUUGAGUGGCGCGCUGCCCCUGACGCCGCUGCGCUGAAGGACAUAUCUGCCACGGCACAGCAGAUUGAUAUCCGGCUGCAGCAGUUCUGCUACUGGCCGAUCCAGUAUCUGACGCUGCGGAAGCGUAAGGACGACUGGGAGAGCGUGACGAACAGCCAUCCGGACUAUAUUCGGUUCUACAACAGCCUGUGGCUGGUGGCUAAUGAUGUGAUUAUCGGGAUAGCGCUGGGGUCGUAUAUCGUGGACAAUGCGGACAAUGUGGCAUCUGAGAUCAAUGCGGUGCUUACGGGGUGGACGGUCGAUGGGCUGCAGCAGACGAUCUCCUGGCUGAUGGGCUGGCCUGCCGGACUGAAGCUGAACAACGAGCUGGCCGUCUUCCUGGGCGAUCUCUUCCUCUGGGUCAUUGCCCACUGGGCCAGUAAGAAGAAGAACCCUUUACCCUUUACCCUAUAUAGCUAUUGGUGUAUAUGUACUGAUGGUGUAGGCGCACUGGCGAGCCUGAGGCCGUUCCUGUCGUAUGUGGUGUACAUCAUCGGGUGUGCCAGCUUCGCGGGAGCCAGCAUGUCGAUAGCGAUGUUCUCCGACCUGCUGUCCAUCUUCACGGUGCACAUCUACAGCUUCUACAUAGCGUCAGCCCGGAUCUUCAACUGGCAGCUGACGAUCAUCAUCUCGCUGUUCCAUCUCUUCCGCGGCCGCAAGCGCAACAUCCUGCGCAACCGCAUCGACUCCUGCGACUACGACCUGGACCAACUGCUGCUGGGGACCAUCCUGUUCACCCUGCUGUUCUUCCUGCUGCCGACGGUGCUGGUGUUCUACAUCACCUUUGCGUCUGCGAGGAUGGCCAUUAUCUCCCUGAAGGCCGGGCUGGACACUUGCCUGGCCUUUCUGAACCAUUUCCCCUUGUUUGCACUGAUGCUGCGACUCAAGGACUCUCGACGACUCCCUGGGGGCACUCGCUUUGAGCUUCGACGGCCGUCUCUUCCACCACUGCCCAACGACCAACUCGAGUACACCGAGGCAUCCUACAUCCACCUCAAAUACUUCCGCCUCGGCCAGCGCAUCAGACAGCACUACCUGUCUCCCCGGGUGAUCCUCUGCCUGGCAACCGGCCAGUUCGUUCCCCCCAUCCACCGCCGCAACCUGUACAGCCUGCAGUACAGCAUGCUUCCUGCCCAGCGAGUGGGCAUCGUCGACGUCUGGUCCCGGCUGACUGCAAAGAGCUCGACGGGCGCAGGCAGCAGCGGCGGAGGCGGUCCAGCAGGCAGCUCCUCAGGGGCUCCUUUUGACUCUCCACCUUCACCCCUUUCCCUCUUCUCUUCACGGCAUCUCCAUCCAUUGUCCAUCUAUUGUCUAUCCCUUCACCGUCGCUUUGCUAUCCCCUUUGCCAUCCUCUUCACCAUCCCCUUCACUGCCAUCUUCACCAUCCUCUCUACUGUCUCCUUCACCAUCCCCUUCACUGCCAUCUUCACUGUCUCCUGCCUCUCCCCUGCAUGA